AUGGGAGUGUUUGGUGAGGCCGAGGGCUGCUCGGCGGCGCGGAUGUGGCGGAACGCGUGCGCCGCACUCGCCACCCCCGCCGCCGAGGACACGUGGCAGCAGGUCGUCGACUCCUCGCCGCCCGACUCGGUGUGGCACUCGCUUCGCAAUUGCGUCGCUUAUCAGGCCGGCGUGUGGCACAACAUGCUGUGCAAGGGCGUGGCGGACGCGGCGCAGCCGGCCGCCUUCAAGCUGGCCAUCGUGCUGCGGCACACGCCGCCGGAGCUCACCGCGCGCCUCUUGGCCGAGGUGCUGCGCCACUUGCCGCAGGAGGCGCAGCGCGAGCUGACGUCGUACGCGCUGGCGCUGCUGACGGACGACGAGGCGGCGCAGUCCGGGGCGGCGGAGGGGGCCGAGGCGGCGCAGGGCGCGGUGCUGCGCGACCUGCAGCUGUUCGCCGACUGCGAGCUGGCCGUGCUGGCCGCCUCGCGCGAGGAGUACGACGCGCACGCCAAGCUGGUGCGCGCCGAGUACUCCAAGCUGGCGCAGCGCAGCUACGUCGAGCUGCGCAUCAAGGUGCUGAACCAGUUCUCGCAGAUCCCGAAGCUGUUCCACACCGCCGAGUUCGAGUGCUUCGAGGCGGCCGCCAGGGAGAACAUCGAGCGCGAGAUCUGCACCCUGCGGAACCACCUGCUCACCGGCAGGCCGGAG